GCCGCGCGGAGCCGAGGGCGGGCGGGCAAGCGGGCGAGAGCGGGACAGCCCGGCGCGCUCUGGCCGGCGGCGAGGGGGUGGCGCGCGGUCCGCCGGCCGGUCUGCGGCGGCCCGGCCGGCUGCCUCCCGGGAGGCUCCGCUCUCCUUCAGGCGCCAGCGCCGGCCCGGCGCCGAGAGAGUCCUGCGGCCACCCAUGUCCAGCCGGGCCUGGAAGACCCUUCCGUUGUGAGGACGGCUUUCCCGCCUCGCAGGGCCCCCGGACCCUGCCCUGGGCCCCCAAGAUGGCGAGUGGGACGCUUCACCCGGGCGGGGAAGGUGACUGCCCGGCGCUGGACGAGAAGAACGAGGCUGCGACCACCCCGACCGCCGGCGGAGGAGGCGCCAGCCAGGGGGGCAACGCUGCGUCCAGGCUUGCUGCCGGUGCACCUGCGGAGGAGGACCAGGAGCCGGCCGAGAGCUCCCCCUGCCCUCCCCCUCCUCAGCCUUCACAUCCUCUGAUGCUCCUGCUCAGGAGAUCCCCCAGCACCUCCCUCUGCCUGGUCCAGGAGGAAGAGGCUGCCUUGCCCGUGGCAGUGCCUGUGGGACGGGGCGGGCCCGCCUCCUCUGGCCGAGGGGGCCCUUCUGUGCCUUCUGGACGGGGAGCCCCCCCUGCUCCAUCAGUCGGUGUCACCACUGCAUCCUUGGGAGACGACGUGAGGAAAUGUGGCUACCUGCGGAAGCAGAAACACGGCCACAAGCGCUACUUCGUGCUGCGGGAGGAAACUCACCUGCUUGGCCCGGCCAGGUUGGAAUACUACGACAGUGAGAAGAAGUUCAAGAGCAGCUUGAGGGCUGCAGCGGCUGGGAAUGUGGCCCUCUGCUGCCCCCCUCCCAAACGGGUCAUCCCUCUGUACCAGUGCUUCACCGUCAGCAGGAGGGCAGAUGCCAAGCACAAACACAUCAUUGCCCUGUAUACCAAGGAUGAGUAUUUUGCCAUGGUGGCUGAGAAUGAGGCAGAGCAGGAGGGCUGGUACCAGGCAAUCAGUGAGCUUAUGAGUCAGAGCAAGAGGGGGUUCGUGGAGCAGGACGACCAAGCAGAUCAGCUGCUAGAUGACGAUGAUGAGCAUUAUGGGACUGCUCUUAAACCGGGCACUGUGUUCAAGGAAGUCUGGCAAGUCAAUGUGAAGCCCAAGGGGCUUGGGCAGACAAAGAACUUGACUGGGGUGUACAGACUGUGCCUCUCUAGUAAGGCCAUCCACCUUGUCAAACUGAAUACUGAGGUACCUUCUGUCCACUUGCAGCUCAUGAACAUCCGUCGAUGUGGGCAUUCAGAAAAUUUCUUCUUCAUAGAGGUGGGCAGGUCUGCAUCCAUUGGGCCAGGGGAGCUGUGGAUGCAGGUGGAUGAUUCAGUGGUUGCUCAGAACAUGCACGAAACGUUUCUAGAAACCAUGAAAGCUUUGAAAGCCUUUUCUGAGUUCAGACCUCGCAGCAAGAGCCAGUCAUCUGGUGGUGGGAGCAGCACCAACCCCAUUUCAUUCAUCACUACCAGGAGACACCUUGGCAACCUGCCACCCAGUCAGACUGGCUUACAGAGACGAUCCAGAACUGAGAGUGUUACUGGGGGGACCCCUCCCACCACCAAGAGCAGUAGUGCUUAUCGAUUCAGAACUUCUAGUGAAGGGGAGGGUACGAUGACCAGACCAUUUAGGUCAGUGACUGGGAGUCUGAUUCAUUUGAAUACUGCACGGAUGAAUUUAGGGCGGCAAGAAGGGAGUGGCCGAUAUGUUAGAGCAGCAUUUAGCUCUUCCUACCAUGCCAGGUCUGCCUCUCUGCCAGUAUCGCAUUUCCCUUCCACCACCAGCCCCAUCAGCGUUUCUUCAAGUAGUGGCCAUGGAUCUGCUUCAGAUACUCUUGUAAGGCCUUCUAGUUCAUCUGUCUGUGGUUCCCCGAGUGAUGGAGGCUUUAUCUCUUCAGAUGAAUAUGGUUCCAGCCCUGGAGACUUCCGAUACUUCCGUGUGAGGAGUAAUACUCCAGAUUCCUUGGGUAAUACGCCACCCAUUAGAGAGGAAAACUGUUUAAGUGAAUACAUGUCCAUGAGCAAACAGCAACUGGAUAAUAGCUCAAGAGAUGAUUUCCGGGAGGCUGAAAAAUGCAUUAGAAAAAGAACUUACUCUUUAACAAAACCUGUUUCUACACCAGUGCAACAGAAAACAACCCAAACUGCAGCGUCUUUAGAUGAGGAUUCUGUCGGGAGCCACGGACAUUUGCCUUGUUCUGAAUCGCCAAAACUUAAAGAUAGUCCUGAUCCAGAGUAUGGAGAGUCUGCCCUUGAUUCUGCAUGUAAUCAAAACAGGAAUAAAGCCAGAGACGAUGGCUACAUGCCAAUGAUGCCGGGAGUUGCAUCUUCUCUUGCAAGCAGCAAUGAUUAUCUGCCAAUGACUCCUAAAACUGCAUCAGUUCCAAAACAGAUAAACAAUUCUUGGUCAUCAUCUCAGGCUGACUCCAGAGGGUACAUGAUGAUGUUUCCUAGGGCUAUCUCUUCACCUGUACGAAGCCCUUUAACUGGAUUUAAUUCUAAAAGUGGAACUGACAAGCUGGCAAAUAAUGAGUAUAUGGAUAUGUCACCUGGAAAUUCAUCUGUUCCAAAGCCAUCAAAUGAUUCAAAUUAUAUGCAUACCAGUGCUAGUUCAAAAGGGUUUGGCUCUUAUUUUUCCCUCCCAAGAAGCUUUAAGACUCUAUCGGGACAAAAUGGUGAACAUAAUGAAUAUGUUCCAAUGUCAUCACCUGGGAAACUACUGUACAGUGGAUCUGAAAAUGGUAAAAACGCUAGUAGUGAAAUUCUGACUAAUGGUCUUUCCAAGUCAUCUAUCAUAAAAGCUUCAGAUGAAGGCCUUGCACAGAACAGAGUUACCAGGCCUACAAGACUUCCACUGGGUACUAGAGGUAGUAACACUAUACCAAGAAUGUAUGAUCGUACAAUUCCACUUGAGCCAUCAAGUCCUGGUGAAUAUAUAAAUAUAGACUUUGGUGAAAAAGCAAGUAAUACACCAUACUCUUUAUCUGCAGAAGGAUCUCCAUCAUCUCUUGGCUCCAGUAGUGACCACAGGCAGUCUCCACUUUCUGACUACAUGAGUGUUGAUCUUGAUGUUCAGUCACCAAAAGCAGCAAAAGAACUAUCUAGUUCCUUAACAGAUAUUUCUGUUUAUGCCAGCUCGAGUAUCCCUAGAAACCAGCCUGAUUCAGAUUAUGCUAGGCUCUCAUUUGGUGCUGCUUGUAUUAGUGCAGCAAGUGGUAGGAUUGAUGACUACACUGAGAUGACCUUCAACAUGGCAGCAACACCACCUGGACCAUUUGCCACAGAAAGCAAAAAUGGCUUGAAGAUGGAUAGUCCUCCUUCCAUAGUUAAUCGAUUGUGCAUUGUUGACCAAUAUGCUGGUAACAGUGAUUUCUCUGUUCCUAGCCCUGAACUUCCAGUGGUCCCUAAAGUCAUUCGUGCUGACCCACAAGGAAGGAGGCGGCAUAGCUCUGAAACAUUUUCUUCUGCUGGCACUGUUACCACUUCCUCUUCUUUCUUUACUGACAGCAGUAAAAGACACAGCUCUGCCUCUUUUGACAAUGUGUGGUUGAAACCUGAAGAACACAUUUCAGAUGGCCAUGAAAGCAAGAUGUCCAGAGAUACUUCAACUGGAUUUCAGAAUGGCUUAAAUUAUAUAGCUCUGAAUUUACGAGAGAAUUCUCUAAACUGUGAGCAGAGCCCUAGCACACCGAAUUGUCACCUCUCAAACGGUACUUUGAAUCUGGAAAGUGGAGUAUAUGUAAGCAUAGACUUCAGCAGAUCAGAUGGUCUCAAAUGCAACACUGCAAGAAAAGACUGAUGGCAUUACCAUGGAAACCAUUGUGAGAAGAGCAGGCUUUCCAGCUGGUAUAUCCAUAACUGUGUGGUGCUUUUGGAAGCAGAGCCCAUCUUCAGCCAUCUCUAUUCACUUCCACCAGCACGGACAUGGACAUGCUUCAUUGGAAUGAUUUUUCACCGAGUGGCUGUUGAGUCUACAGUCGUGCUAAUUUGAAUGAACACUUUGUCAUAGAUGAGCCUUGACAGAAGUUUCUCCCCACCCCUCCCCACCCCUGAGCAUAUUUGUCUGGGUAACAAUGUGAAUGCUGGAGUGGAAAUGAUGACAGCUUCCUGUACUACUUCUGCUCUUUCCCCACCAGUUUCUGUUUUGAGAAGUCAUCAGUUGGUGUCUGAAAAAUCAAUCUAAUAUGGGUUUUGCUUUUCUGGUACUUGAAAUGAUUGCUUACAUGUUAUAUAAAUGAUUUAGAAUUAUUAUUUGGAGAACAGUUCUAAAAUCCACUGGGAGAGGAUGGGAAGAAUAGCUUAAGGCUGUGAACCUAUGAUCCUAAGCAUACUUAUUUGCAAGUCUCAAGAGAAUCAAUUUAGGCUUGCAGCCUCUGGUCUGAAUGGUAAAUUCCAGUGCUCACAGCCUUUCCUGUCACCUAAUCAGGAGACUGAGAGGAUCUGUUUGCCCCCUCUGUAUUGCCCUCUCGCCCGCUCUCCCCCCCCCCCCCCGUGCAUGCUCUCUUUGGUGCCUGCCCUUUUUGUCUUGCGCCUGCUGCAAGAGAAGAUCAUUUUAUUUACCUUCUUCCUGUCUGGGCAAAGGAAGGAGAGACACUUCUCUGCUCCCGUCUAGCCCUCAGCAGUUAAACAGCCGUCUUUUCAGAGUAGUUCUGUUGAAUAAUAAGCUGAUGCUUUACAAUUGUAGCAGCAACUGCUCAGAAACAGAAGGGGGGAUAAUGACUUCUUGUUUUCUUUCCCAGAGAAACCAUAAAGUAAGCAAAAUGCACAAAUCUUGCAUGAGAGGAAGCCCACUGAAUUCAGAGGAGCGUAUUUGCAACUAAAUCCUCAAUGGAUUCGGCCGUAACAAGUUCCUCUAAAGCCCUCGCCCACUACCCGGCUGUCUGUGACUCCCUCCUCCCAGGCUGCAAGAUACGCCUGCUUCAUGGCGAGGCUUCGUCGCUGCAGGCGCAAGACAAUAUAAGAUUUGGGCUUCAAGGACCAGGAAUGGGACUUAAGUGACUUCUUUUUUAAAAAAUGUCCUUUAUGGUACAGAAAUUUUUGGAGCCUAUAUCAUCUUCCCCCUUUUUUUAAAAAAAAGAUCUUGUCUGCUCAAAUCAAAGAUUUGUUACUGAGCAUAUCUGGAAUUAGUAGAACUAAAAAUGGUUAUAUCUGAUUAAAGUUAAGUUUCCUGUUACAUCUUGUAGUAAUUUGUUAAUUAUACAUUUUGCUUAAGAUUUUUUAAGUUCAAAUGAAAAAUGCAGACUCUGUAUAUUACCCCUGCAUUAUAAUGUUGAUGGCCUAGAGAGCCUUUGUAGAGAGAAUCCCUUAAUCUUAAACUUAACCAUUUUCCCUUUUAUUUGGAGCCACUUUUUUGAUAUUCAGAAAUAGGGGGGAAAUCCAUAACUAAUCAUGUCCUAUAAUUAUGCCUAAUAAGAGGGUGACACUUUCUUUCUAGAGGAUGUUUAUAAUUGGAAAUUGUAGGCAGAGUCUAGGUACCUCACUUUGUGGGUUUAUGUCAUUAAAGAGCAAGACACUAGUCGGUACACAAGUUGGUACAUGUAGUAUAUACUAAUCUUUAGAAGCACUGAUAAUGGAAAGGGUUGAAAGCGGUACGCAAAUCCUCAGGCACCACACAGCUGGUAUUCCUCUACAGUGUGUAUUGUACAAGUGUUGAGCGAGGGUUGCCUCACUUUUUAACACCUGACCUUUUCAAAAUACUAGACAAGUUUGUAUAACAAAUUAGACCCUGCUGUCAGUUUUGAUGUUGAUUACUGUGUAAUGGAAUCUCUUUUUGGCUAGUCUUAAUGUUCAUGUCACACAACGUAUCGGUAACUUUUUGCAAAUGUAGUUGGUAUCCAUGAGGUUAUGCAGUGCCCGGUAAUCCGAAUGGAGAAGCUGCUGCAGAGUUUAAAAGCACAGACGAGUAGUUCUUGAAUCUAGAAAAGCAAGGUUUUCAAGAAUACAAUUAACUAGUUGCUGCUAAACAGGUUUUAACUUUUUUUAAAGAGCGAGAGACCACUUUUCUAGACCACAAAACUGUCUUGCCAUAUACGUUUUGUUUGGACUCUGUAAAUUAACAAUGCAAUAGGUACUGCCUUUAAAAAAAAAGCUUUACAUCUUUUUAUUUGAAAAAUGAAAUUUGUGUGAUAGUUCACAAGAUAAAUUGAAGGGGGGAAAGGUUAGUAAGGGUUACAUACUUUACAUAUUAGAUUCUGAGGCUGAGGAGGUACAAUAUACAGCACUGAUUUUGCAAAUGCCGAAUAAAAUAAGCAAAUGGGUAACCUCAACUCUACUGGUACAAAUACUAACAGGCACAGCAUAAGAAAUAUGCAAUUUCUUUAUCUUAGUUUACAGCAACUAACUUAUUCAGUAUUGUGCUGGAAGGCCGUUUUCCAACUAUGUAAAACAUAUCACUCUGUGGGCAAUCUUCCAGCCACCCGUUUAUGCUGCUGUAUAGUACGGAAAAAACAAACAAACAAUGAUGGAACAAUGUUUGUCCUGUAAAUUUAAUUUGAUAUAGGACAGUUAUUGUCUGUACAAACUAAAGCAUAUAUGGUUGAAACUGUUCAUUAUAUUUGCUAUUUCUGCUUCAAUGAUCUGUUUAAAAGUUUGAGCUGAUUGAUCCGGCUGUGUCUUCCAUUGUAAAUAUUGUUACAUUGUUUUUCAUGGUAAAACGCAGCACAUUUGCAAUUUGGGGAGACUGGCUUGAAGCUCUGUAUAGUGUUUAUAUUUAUCUCAAUUGGCUUUCCAUAGAGCUACUUGCAGUAAAUGUGUUCAUGGUA